GAAUACAGCGAAACACAGUAACACACAUAGAGAGAUUAAAGAACAAAGAAGUAAGGAGACGCGGACCACCCUUGAGUCCAAGCCACGCCAAUCUUCUCUUUUCUUCUCAUCUUCACCGUCGUCGUUUUCCAUCAGAAAAUGGGAAGAGGAAAGUUCAAGGGAAAGCCCACCGGCCACCGCCACUUCUCAACUCCCGAAGAGCUACUUGCUGGUACUUCUGCUCGUCCUCGUACUUUUAAACAGGAAGAGGCUGAAGUAGAGGAGGAGGAAGAGUCUGAAGAGGAGGUGGAAGAUGAGCAAGAGAAGAAGAAAGGCACUCAGGGAAUUAUUGAGAUUGAGAAUCCCAAUUUGGAAAGAUCAAAGAAUGUGAAGGCUAAAGAUGCUGAUAUGGGGAGAACAACUGAACUCUCGAGGCGUGAAAGUAUAUCUGUGUGCAGAGAAGAGAUAGAGAAGCAAAAAGCGCAUGAGCGAUAUAUGAGGUUACAAGAACAAGGGAAAACUGAACAAGCAAGAAAAGAUUUGGAGCGCUUAGCCCUUAUACGUCAACAGAGAGCAGAGGCUGCAAAAAAGCGAGAGGAAGAGAAGGCUGCCAAAGAGCAGAAAAAAGUUGAAGCUCGCAAGUGAAGUGACUUCCAGAAAGGCUAGUAUUUCAUAUUUCCUUAGAUUUCACUCCCUUCAGAAAUUAAUUAUUUUCUCUUGGGGGCAUCUAAAAUUUUUAUGCUAGCAUACUUUUUGUACCAACAUAUGAACAUUAGUCUUAAUCUUGCAAACUUGGAACAUUAUCUAAGUAGAAAAUUGAGGUUCUGUUUGAUUUAAUAGACUAAGAAAGAUCCUUUCUUGGGCUUAUACGUUUCUUGUUCAUUUCAUUAUUCUGAUAUGUGUCUUUUGCCUUUGCAAAUAGUGCGAUUUGGUAACAAUGAUUGUCUUGGGUUCCUUCCUGGGAAACUCUCCUAAUAAUUUUAUUUGUACUUUGUACUA